AGAGAAAAGGAAGAAAGGGAGGAGGAGGAGGCAGAAGACACAAGUGUUAUAGAGAGAGAGAGAGAGAGAGAGAGAGAGAGAGAGAGAGAGAGAGAGAGAGAGAGAGAGAGAGAGAGGACUGAAGAUAUUGCAUGGUUAAGAAAAGAGAGAGACACGGAGAGAAUGAAAAUAGUGAAUGAGGAAGGUAAGAAAGAAAUAUAUCUGAAGAAGGAAACAAAAAGAUAAAAAUCGAUAAAAGAGGAGAUAAGGAGAUGGACAGAGAUAGUGUGUGAGGGAGAGAAGGAAGAGAGGUACCUGAAGGAGUGGCUGAAGGAGGAACGAGAAGGAAGAAAGAGAGAGACACGACCAAUCAAACAGUGUAAGGUAAGACAGAGAUUUACCUGAAGAAGUGGCUGAAGAAGAACUACAUAAAUAUUCCAGCAGUACCUGAGGAAGAGAAGGAAGUGAUCUACCUGAAGAAGUGGCAGAACAAUAUACACAUUUCAAUAGUACCUGAAGAGACGAAAGAGAUUUACUUGAAGGAGUAGCUGAAGAAGUAAUAGGAAGAAGAAAUGCGGAAAUAAACUAAGAAAAAAAAUUAAGAAAGAGAUUUACCUGAAGGAGUGACAGACAUUUUAACAGUGGCAGAAUAGAAGGAAGAACCACCUGAAGAAGGAACAGAAGGAGAAAACAUACCGAAGGAUUUUAAGAGGCAUUUUAAGAGGCAGAAGAGAGGGAAAAACCGCGUGAAGAAGGAACAGAGAGAAGCAGCACACCUAACCACGUGAGGGAGCCACCUGCAGGAGUACCUCAGAGUAGCAUCCUUCGCCAUGGACGUCUUCAAGAUCGACCAGAGCUUGGGGACCUUAGGUGGGGGCGUGGCGGAAGUCAAAGUGACCAAUCCUGAGGUGACAUUUGACACCUCGACAGAUUUCAACCUCUCUUUCUUUGACGCCUCCUCCUCCCCUUCGUCAGGAGGAGGAGGGAGCGGAGGAGGAGUGGUGAUUAAGAAAGAGGAGUUUGAUGACAGACAAUUUGAAUCAAUGGGAGCGGAGUCUCUCUUCUCUCCAUCGCAAGACUUCUCUCCAUUCACGACGGAGGAAUCCAAAUAUACCUCCUUCUCGGACGCCGCUCAGCCCUUCGACCACAUCCACAGCCACACCACCACCACCACCUCCUCCACCACCCUCAGCCCCGCCUCCACCCCCGGCCUCUUGUCACCUCUCCCUUCACCAUCCCCAGGUCUUCUUCAUCACCAAAGUACGACCUCCACCUCCACCUCCACCUCCUCCUCCUCCUCUUCCUCCUCUUCCUCCUCUUCCUCCUCCGCGGCAGCCUCCACGCAACUCCUGAAGCCGCCUCCUCCUCCAGUGGUCGUGAAAACAGAACAGAACUAUCAAGCUGCGGACAGCACCCCAUCACCCACCACUGCCUCCAGUGCCAGCAAGAACUUUGUGCCGUGCAAGGUGUGCGGUGACAAGGCAUCCGGCUACCACUACGGCGUCACGUCCUGCGAGGGCUGCAAGGGUUUCUUCAGACGCAGCAUUCAGAAGCAGAUUGAGUACCGGUGCUUGCGUGAUGGGAAGUGCCUGGUGAUCAGACUCAACAGAAACAGAUGCCAGUACUGCCGCUUCAAGAAAUGCCUUGCUGUGGGCAUGUCCAGAGAUUCUGUGAGAUAUGGCCGCGUUCCCAAGAGAUCACGAGAGAGAGAGGGUGACGGGCGUGGUGAUGGGGGGUCUGGGACGGCUGAGGGUGUGUCCCGGGAGGUGGAAAACAAGCAGCUAGCAAUCUAUGACAUCAUCCUCACCAUCUCUCAGGCACAUCACGCCAACUGCGCCUUCACUGAGGAGAAGACCCGUGCCCUCGUCAGGAAACCAAUACCUUUUAACACGGCGGAGGUGACCAGUGACCCUGAAGUGGCCUCCUCUACCGUGGAUGCCCUGGAACAGCAGAAGAUAAGCAUGUGGCAGAGCUUUGCAGUGUUCAUGACGCCCUCUAUACAACGUGUGGUGGAAUUUGCCAAGAGAGUACCAGGGUUCUCUGAGCUGUCCCAGGACGACCAACUGAUUCUGAUUAAGGUUGGCUUCCUGGAGGUGUGGUUGACGCAUGUGAGUCGGAUGGUCAGUGCCCUGGACAACACCCUUACCUUCAGCGACGGCUCCUAUGUGACCCGCACCCAGAUGGAGGUCAUGUUUGAUGAGGACUUUGUAUCAGCGCUGUUCAACUUUGCUCUGACGUUCAACAACCUGAACCUGAACGACACAGAGUUGGCGCUGUUCACGGCCGUGGUGCUGCUGACGGCUGACCGCCCCGGCAUUACUGACAGCAAGGCCAUCGAACACCAGCAGGACAAAAUUAUUGAGGCGCUCAGGGUCCAGGUGGGGAGGAACCAUGCCAGCGAGACGCACCUCUUCCCCAACGUGGUGAUGCGGAUGCCUGAGCUGCGGCAGAUUGGGGCGCGUCACCACGAACACCUCAACUGGUUUCGCUCCAACUGGUCCAGACUCAAGCUGCCGCCACUCUUUGCCGAGAUCUUUGACAUCCCCAAGUGUGAAGAGGACCUUUUAUGAGGGGCUGGUCAAUAGGUGAUUAAUUAAUGAGAUAGUGUUUUGAUGCCUCACUGCCUCACCACCACCACCACACCACACCACACCACCACAGGGAGCCAUAGAGGUUAUCCGCCACCACUCAUCCACCCACACCUGCCCUCCACUCAUCCACCAGCCAGUCACAGUAAUAGACUUGACUGGAUGAAGAGGAGGAGGAGGAAGGAAAGAUGAGGAGGGCAAAAAAGAAGAGGAGGAUGAAAAGGAAGGAUAAGAGGAUGUCUGAAGGAAGAGGAGGAAGAGAGGUACCUAUGGAUAACCCAGCUGGUAUCCUAAAUCAUUCACAAAUCCUUAGGAGGUGAAAUAGGAUAGAUUUGGGUAUCCUAGCACUCCUUACCAGUAUCCUGCAUCCUUCCUGCAUGGCAUGGGUGGCAUGGAUGCAAGGAUGGUGGCCUGAGAGGUGGACACAGUGGGUAAGAUGGAUAGGCAAGGCUGUGGCAUCCUACAAGUGGUGGUUCCCUUGCUAUCCUACAGUGUGGUGGUCCCUGUGCCCUCAAGUGUCUCCUCUGCGAUGGAGAUCCUUCCUGCCUUAUUUGAUUACAUUACUGCCCCUGCCAUCCCCCACAGACACUCCUGCGACCCCUGGAGCUGCCACUGCACCCCUGAGUGUCCCUGAGGGUGACCCUGAGCCAGAGUGCCGAGGAAUGGUUAGGGAAUGGUUAGGGAAAGCCGCGCAAUGAGGAUGAGUACAAAUACAAGGGUAGCUCCAUGUUUCCUUCCCCUCCCGAGAACGGUGGUGUGUAUAUAUUAGUGUGUGUCGGGGGGACGUGUUCUGGAGGCAUGCCAGGUGUGACGCAGUGCCUGAGGGGGUGCCAAGCUGCCCCUGUAGUGCCUGAUUGAGCCAAGCAGGAGAGGAAGUGAGGACAGAACUUGGCAGAUGAAUGGAUGGGUAGAGACACUUGGCGAGCGAUGUGUUGUUGUGUUAUGCAUUGUGAACACUACUUGUGAAGGGGUACAGGGAAGAACUGCCCCUCCGCUGACCCUCCCUGAUCCCUGCCUGAUCCCUCACAUUCACUAGCACAAAGUAUGCAAGGUGGUGGCAACGUGCACAAGCGAUCCAAUGCAAGUGAUCCAAGCAAGUGAUCCGAGGCAAGUGAUCCAAUGCAAGUGAUCCGAGGCAAGUGAUCUAGGCAAGUGAUCCAGGGCAAGUGAUCCAAAGCAAGUGAUCCAAAGCAAGUGAUCCAAGUUGAGUGAUCUGAGGCAAGUGAUCCGAGUUGAGUGAUCCAUCCCAUCCCUUUCCCUCCAGUUAAAGUGUGCACGCUGGCUGGCUGGCAGGGGAAGAUCCGGGAAGAUCCAUCUCUGCCACUCCAGCUGGGGACACAGGCAGACUAGUUCAAGCCAUGUGUGAGUAUUGAGUUGUGUGAGGGAGUGUGACUGAAGCAAGAGGUGGAAAGGAAGAGAAGUUUUUGUGAUGGCUUAACAAGAAUUAUGCAGCAGUUUUGUAAUUGACAGUAGAGAAAUUGAGAGAUAUAGAGCAAGAGAAGGAGUGUUUUUGAUAGUUUAAUGAGAUUUCUACACCAUUAGUUAGGAUAACAUGUCAGUUUUUGUAAUGGAAAGUUGAAAAAUGAAAGAUGAAGGGUAAGAGAAGAAAUAUUAAUAAUUUAGCAAGAAUUCCACACCAUUAGUUAGGGAAAAAUACAGUUGUUUUGUGACAGAAAGCAGACCAAAUUAAGAUUAACCUUGAGUACAGUGUGAAAGUACAGCAAGUCUUGUAACAGAGUGGACAGAAUCAAGAGAUGGAAAGUAAGAGAAUUAAUGUUUGUGAUAGUUGUACAAGAAUUCUGCAUGACAAGUUGGGAAACUACAAGUUUUGUAGUGGAAAGUCGACAAAAUUAAGAUGAUGACCCUUGAGCACAGUGUGAGAACAGUAAUGAUUGCUGGAGAUAGACACAAAAGAAGAGAUAAAGAAUAAGGCAAGGAAUGUUCAUGAUAGUUUAAUUAGAGAUUUACACCAUCAACAUGAAUAAUACAGCAGUUAUGCAGUAAGCAAAAACAAGAGAUAAAGAGGAAGAGAAAGAAAAUUUGUAAUAGUUUAACAAUAAUUCUAUAUCGUUGUUAAAAAAAAAUUGAGAACAAAAUCAUCUCUGGCCUUUAAAAAAAAUGUUUGAAGAACAGUAAGGAAGGAAGGAAUGUUUAAAAAAGAAUUAAGAAGUCUAUUAGAAGAACAAGGUUUAUAUUAGAAGCAAACAUUAGGAAAAGGAAGGAAAAUUAAAGAAAAAAGAUUGUGUGAGGAAAAAAAGAGAGAGGCAUGAUAUAUUUGAAGGAAAAGAGAAAUAGAUUUUGAAUUGAAGAAAGGUCAAGAGAGAGAGAGAGAGAGAGAGAGAGAGAGAGAGAGAGAAUUCAGUUUGCUGUUAUAUCUGAGAUGAAGUAAAUGUUUUUGUGACUGUGAAAGAGAAGGAAAGAUUUAAGUCAGUCAGUCAGUCAGUCUUGGAAAAUUUUACUUAGGUGGACAAAAAGUAAAUAAAAGUGUAAAGUGUAGUAGUACAGGGACAGACUAACUUAUUCACUCACUUAUACUUCAAUUACUUAUACUUACCAUUAUCUUUGACUUUUCUGUUCUUUGAAUUCUUUGUAUUGUUGUAUAUUUUCUUGUUAGUUUUUUUUAUGAGUCAGUUCAGUGCAAUAUUAUUUAUAUUUUUUUUCUCUCUCUCUCUCUCUCUCUCUCUCUCUCUCUCUCUCUCUCUCUCUCUCUCUCUCUCUCUCUCUCUCUCUCUCUCUCUCUCUCUCUCUCUCUCUCUCUCUCUCUCUCUCUCUCUCUCUCUCUCUCUCUCUCUCUCUCUCUCUCUCUCUCUGCAUUCAUGUCCUCUUUUUAACUUUCUUAUAUAUCUUAUUUAUUUCUCUCUUCUGUCCUAUUCAUGUUUAUCUAUUCUUUUUUUCAUCACCUUUUUAUCUUCUCUUCUUUUUUCAGCAUUCCUUUCACCUCAACUCUUACACACACACACACACACACACACACACACACACACACACACACACACACACACACACACACACACACACACACACACACACACACACACACACACACACACACACACACACACACACA